AUGACCUGGGCUCCGAAGGUUGAGCCCAGGUUUCAGAAAAACGGCAAGCCAGCCGCCUCUUAUGGCGUUAAGCUAGCACUAAGCGGCACGAUCUCGUUGGUGACUGGAAUGUUUCUCUGUGGUUUAGUCGUCGAAAGGAGCGCAGAAAAGGAGGUUUAUAAAGCUAAGGAGGGCCAUGAGAUCCGCAUUUACUGGAUUCAGCAGAGCCAAACCGUCAGUGAUCAAGUCUUCGAAUCAUUUGCUGUGCUUCCGAAGCAAGAGCUUCAUCUUGCGAGCAUAAUCAAGUCAACUCGGCAUCGAGAUCUUCGCAACGCCUCAAAAAGCGGCAAGAUGCCUACGAGUUUACAAUGGAUGACCAUUAUUGGUGUUUGCUUCGGUUUGUCUGGCUUCAUCCUCCAAUUCAUCGGUCUCAGAGCCAUGAACUCGGCUGCGCCACUCACACAGCUGGGUGCCGUCGCCUUCAUGACCGCAUGUCGAGCAUUCGCCCGACCUAGAUUCUCAAGUCGUUUUGAGAGACAGAAGCUCCUCUCUGGAUUCGAACUCGACUGGGAACAACUACAAUCCAAUCAACAAGAAUCCAAUCAACAGCAAUCCAAUCAACAGCAAUCCAACGAGCAGCCAAGAUCAAAUGAGCAACCAAGAUCAAAUGAACAGCCACAAAUCAAUGAGCAACAAAAGCCUGACAAACCGAUUGCUGGAUCUUGGGCUGUUCUCACUGGCGAAAUGUCUAAGUACAAGGCCCUGAAACCACUCACAAAAGAGAGGAAUAAGACGGAAGCACACGAGGUACUGGUUGCACGCCGGGAGCUUUGCAAACUCGCCAAAUUCCAAGGUCAGACGUCGACAGAAGCCAUUAAUCUCGCCAUGGCAAUUGAAGCAGCGCUACAAACUCUAUUUCCAAAGGGCCCUCCUAAAUCGACUGCUGGGGAAUCUUCCAACUCACAUAUAUCGCCUUCCAAAUCAACUGCUGGGCAAUCAUCCAAAUCAAGCAUAUCGCCUUCCAAAUCAACUGCUGGGGAAUCUUCCAAAUUUUAUAUAUCACCUCCCAUAUUGACUGCUGGGGAAUCUUCCAAAUCAGCCACAUCACCUCCCACAUUGACUGCUGGAGAAUCUUCCAAAUCAGCCACAUCGCACAACCUACAGGGCGAAGGCUUUCGAUGGCUGGUCAAUGUCACACACAACAGCUCGGAUUUGACUAAUAGUCCGGAAAAAGAAACUCAAGGGGAAGUGUGGUUUGAUUUGAAUUACGCUGAUAAUUCCUGGCACGUGCUGGCAGACAGCCUUGAUGCAGCACUGUCAUUGUGGGUUUACACAAAGCAGCAGUCAGACAGAAGUGAGGAUGACACCACCAACUGCGUGGGCAAAGAGAAUGACGAGUGGCUCCGUCGCAAAGUCCCACAGCCAUGUUUGAGAUUUUUUGACCCGGGCGAGAUGUCCAAAGCACAACUUCUCCAAGACCUGGAAUGGUGGGUGCCGCAAAGCACUGACCAUCUAUUGGAGGUUGAAGAAAUUGCAGACUCGGCCCAUGGGCAGACGGAGCCUACUGGUUCCAAAGACUUUCAUGCGGCCAGAGUGGUUGGCUGUAGUCCUUCCUCAACUAGCAAUAUAAGGCUUUUAGAGUUCAAAGAAGAUGAAAACUCGACGGAAGGACCGACGACAGAAGGACCGAAGGCAGUACAGACGGAGCCUACGAAUUCCAAAGACUCUCACGCGGCAAGAGUGAUUAGUUGUAGUUCUUCCUCCACCUGCAACACCAAGGCCCAGAAACGCAGUUUUCGGACUUUUUCUCCAAGCAUGGAAAAUAACAAAAGGACCCUCGCAAUCGAGCCACGGGAUUCGUUGGAACACCUCUACGCCAAGGACCUCCUUUUCUCCUUCAUGUGUUCAGCUGCAAAGACACCUGGUGCAGCCAUCAAGGGCAGAGUUGAGGUACAAACAACAGCUACUAGCAACCAAGCACCCAAAAUCCUUUGGCAUAGAGAGUUGGCGAGACUGGGUGAUUUCUUCUCGUCAAGCAGUUUUGGAACUGAUCAGGAAGCCCUGGUGAACGUCAUUGCACCUCCCAGUAUGGGUGGGAUCCUGCCGUUUCCACACGUUUUCCUCGAAUUAGUGCGCAAUGAAGUGGCAGAAUGUUUCCAAUCGGGAGUUGAAUCGUCUGCCCAGAACAUUUACUUUGACCUUUUAGCGCAGAUGGGGAGCUAUGCAUUGGGGGAUAGCGGUCUUUACGAGUCCAUGUUAGCAUUCGUGUUGGAAGUGCAUAAUGACGCCGCGCACCAAGCUCGUUGCCUGAACAUAGGCAGCAAAGUAGUGCAUCGACCCAUGGCCGCUUUAGCGCUCGAUCUCGAGAGCUGCAUCCAUAACCACAUUCAAAGACGUAAAGUGAAACCCGAAUUCUUCUGUGAACUUAAAAGGCUCUUCAACACAUCAAGACGAGAGCUGAUUGCUGAUUUAUCACCAUCCCCUUGCAAUGAUCAGAGAGGUAAGAAUCCUAAUGCAGAUGGUAGCUUUGAUAGCCAUCAUGGCUUCACCACCAAAACGUUUCCGCCAUAUUUCAACCUCGCUCCAUCACACAUUCUUGCAUUGGAAGGUUCAUUCGCUGAGGAGCAAGCCGACACGAGAGACUUUUGCGGGCGAACUCCACUCCAUUAUGCUGCAAUGAAGGAUGAAAAUGCUGAGGCUCUGGGAGACUACCUUUCAGAAAAAAUCUCCGAGGCUCUGGGGAGCCACCUUUCAGAAAAGCAAAAAGAUGUCGACGUUAACGUCAAGGAUCACCGCGGAUAUACCCCAUUACACUAUGCGUGUGCGCUUGGUAGUCACAACAAUGUGUAUGUCUUGCUGCAUUUCCAUGCGAAGCUUGACAAUCAAGCCAUCGAUGGCAUGUAUCCCAUGCACUUGGCAGCUCGCGAGGGAAAAGUGGAAGUAAUCAAAGCAAUUCUGGAUCACGAAGCACACCAGAGAUUGACAGACUCACAACGGAGAUUGAUGACAGACUAUAAUGGUCUUUUGCCGAUACAUUGGGGUGCGAUUAACGGCCACGAGAAGGUCAUACAACAGCUGGAUGCAGACAUUAAUGUGGCCAGUACAGGAGACUGGACACCGCUUCAUCUAGCCGUGUUGCACGACAAGCUGGACGUUGUCGAGGCGCUUCUCGAACUUCCUGUGGACAAGAACAAGACGAACAAUGGCGGCGAAACAGCCUUGUCGUUGGCCCUUCACAUGGGCAACGUGGAAAUUGCUAAGCUGAUCGAGAAAGGCGCGAAGCCCAAACACGUCGGUCGAUUCGGUGACACCCCACUCCACGGUCUGAGUCGUCAACAUCAAGAAGCAGUGCAGUAG